GCGUAGCUAAUCAACACGACAAAAACCUCCCACAAAAAACCACGCUCACCUCACAAUAAAACCACCAUUUUAUACAUAUCCACUUCUAUAUCAUCUCCUACAUAAUCCACAAUUCUUCUUCUAUCUUUCUUCACUUGCAAAACCAGAAAAAAAAAAAUACCCCUUUUUUUUUUUUGUCUCCUUAAACCAGAUCACAAAACAAAUCUCAAUUUCAAUUUCAAUUUCCAUGGCAGAUUUAUCCUACAAUCAAUCAAUGAUUGAAAAUGAAAUUGAAGGAAUUGAUUACUUUGAUCUUAUUCCAGACCCAAUUCUUCUAUUAAUCAUCAACAAACUUUUUGAUGCAAAAUCUUUAUGUCGUUGUCUCCUUGUUUCAAAGAGAUUUUCUUCUUUAGUCUCUGAAGUUGAUUCAAUUUCAAUCAAAAUGAACAACAAUCUUCCAAAAUCAAAGAAACCCAUUGAAGAUUCUUCAAAAUCAUCAACUGGGUCGAAGAGUUUUCUCAAAAAUCCAAUCUUUAAGUUCAUCUUCAAACCAAUUCAUCUUCUUCAACAAGCGAUUUUGAGUAAAAAGAUGAAUUCUUUAUCCAAAAAUGUUGGUGGAUUGGAUAUUUUGAAAUGGGUUGUAAAUACUUUGAAGAAUUUCCAAGAUAUUCAAUCAAUUAAUCUCGAGCUCCCUGCUAUGGCGGUAAAUUGGGAUUAAUAAGAACAUCCAUUGUUGAAAUGGGAAGCUGAAUUUGGUAAAGAAUUGGAAAAUUGUGCAAUUUUGGGUGCAACUUCAAUUGUUGAGAGAAAAGAGAAAAAAGGGUUAGAAAUUGAUGAAGGUAUUGAAAAUGAUGUACAAGUUUUUUCUGAUGAUGAGUUAAAAUUAAGGAUUAUAUGGAUAAUUUCUUGCUUAAUUGCAUCAUCAUCAAGGCAUAAUUUGGUGAAAAAAAUGGUGGGUCAAUGUCCAAAAUUAAGCAAAGUUGUGAUUUCAGAUGCAGGAAAACAAGGGAAAUUAAGUAUGAAUCCAAAGCAAAUUAAAGAUUUGAGAGAUUCAAUCAAAAUUACUAGUACAAUUACAAACAACAAUGAUAAAAUUGAAAACCCAUCAUUGGAAUUAACACAACAAUCAACUUCAGAAGUUGCAGCAGAUUCAAUUUCAAUGGUUUAUGCUGGAAAUUUGGUGAUGAAAUUAUGGUAUGUGAAAGAAUUGGAAUUACCAAAUUCUGGGAAAAUUGUGAAAGGUGCAACACUUGUUAUGAUUAAGCCUGAAAAGAAAGUUGGUGGUAAUGUUGAGGAGAGAGAAAAUGAAGUUUUUAAAGGUGAAGAAAUUUUUGAAGAAGCUGCAAAAGAAUUGUUCAAGAGAAAAGAAAGAAGAAUGUAUAGAUUAGAAAUGAAUUCAUUUUGAGGGUUUUUUAAUUUACUGGUAAAUUUUCCAUUUGUUGCUUAUAGUUUAUGCAACUUUUUUUAUUUUAUUUGAUGAUUUUUGUAGAUUGUAAAUGUAUAUUAGAAAGUUCUGUUUCAUUUGGUUAAUUACUAAAUUCAUACUACUAUCUUGGAUAGAACUAUAGAAGUAGUAUGUGAUAAAAUCAUGAAAUGUAAGGUUGAAUUUUGGAUUUACACAAUACAUUAAAAUUUUACAUGUUGAUGAA